AAUUUACUUAAAUAUUUAUCAUUUUUCAAAUUCUUAAAAAAAAUGACAACUUCGAUUUUUGUACCAAAAUAUUUGUUAUUAUUUUGUGUGAUCUUUUACAUCGAAUCAACAAUGACACCAAAAAAAUCCUUAAAUAUUCUGAAUAAUCUUUUUAAAUGUAUUGGAUAGAAAAAUUUAAAACAUGUAAAUAGUGUAACAUACUUAAGAAAACAAUAUAAUCUUUUAAGUAUUAUUCAAAAUCCAAUAAAACGAACUGAAUAUAGAAGAAAAAUAAGAAUCGCGACUAUUUUUCUUGGUUGCACAUAUGGAAGUAUUUUAUUGGACAUCGUGUCAGCAUUCAAUUAUCUUCGUCUGUCCUGUAUCAAAAUAAUGAGGAUUGAUGAAUCAGAAGGCUACCAUUGCACUGUAAGACUUUUAGAAGUCAUAUCUAAUAUAACUCUUUUUACAAUAUAUAUGCAAGGAGCCUUAUAUGCUGUAGAUGAACUGCAUUGCGAUCCAUGGCAAUUUGCCGUAAAAAUGAGUAUUAUUUUAAAAUCAGUAUUUGAAGGAUUCCAAAAUUUAAAAAUCCAAUUAAAUAAUUUUUCUACAUCUCAAGAAGAUUUGAAAGAUUGUAAUUCUAUACUACAUAGUAUAGAAUUGAACAUCAAAGUGAUUAAAGAUGAAAUCAGAUUUGAUAUCUAUAAAUACUGUGAAUUGCAUCGUGAUAAUAUGUUAUUGUUAACGGAAAAAUUGAAGACCAUAUAUGGAAAAAUAGAAUUAGACAAAGAAAGUGUAGUAAAUUAUAAUUCUGGCUGUAAGUUAAUAUUGGAUGAAAUUGAGAAGUUGUUUUUGGAAAACUUUACCAAUCUAGGAUUCCAAUUUAAUUCGUUAACUGGGAAAACAUUCAUUCCAGAAUCAUUAAAUCAUCUUUUUAAAAAAGUAAACAAUGAAUCCAAAACACCUCCAGCUACCAUACCAGGUUUUCAUGAUUUUCUUCAUAAAGAUUUAAUAGUUGAUACAAAGAAUGAUGAAUCCGAGUAAGAAAUAGAUGUACUUCUUGAAAAACAUACGUGAAUUUUUAAAAAAUAUAUUUAAUUUAUAUCUUCAUAAUAUACAAACACGUAAUAUUUAGAGUAAUUGAUUUAUUAUAAAACACAAGAUUACUUGCAAAAUAA